CUCCUCCGUCUCCAUGCUGUUUCUGUUGUCUACGCUUUCAACUUUGACCUGUGACGUGUCUCCCUCUACGGCAAGCCAGGGAGGGACAAUUUUGCGUUCGCGCGGACCUCUGCAUGAGGACAACACCCGUAUGAAGACAGCAGGUAUGGCUCUGGAGCAGCUCAGUGAGGUGGUCCAAAGAUGUCAGGCUCUUCCAGACGACAGCUACACCACUGAGGAUCACAACAUCUUCACGGUUGCUGGGCGGACAUGUAUCGAGGAGGGAAACAGCGCGCAGGUCCUCAGUAUUGUGCUGGAUGAAAAGAAUCAGGAGAUCGUGAGAUGCAUGGGUUGGAACCUGCUGCCUCCGCUGAUCCAGGUCCUGCUGAAGAAAGAAGACAAGAAUCUUCCUCAGUGUCUGGCCAUUUUUAACCACCUGCUGGAGACAUGCAGACCCAAAGAGCUGCUGAUCGGCCUGUUGGAGCAGCUGGAGCAGGAUGAUCCUGAUACGAUAGUGGAGAGUCUCCAUCUGCUCUUGAAGCCUUUACAGAAAGUGCUGCUGUGCCUGGGCGGCCGUAAGGCGUCAUCCUUGGGCAUGGCGCUGUCCUCCGUGCUGGACCAGGUGGCCAAACUGCCUCUCCCUCACACCAAGGAGCAAGAGGAGGAUGACGUCUUUUCAUUUUGCCGUUGCUGCACUGACAUGAUAGAUUUCGUCAGACCUUUUGUUCAAGAAGUCAGGCAUAACCUGCUGAAUAAUGAAAUGCAGAGCGAGACCACAAACAGGACUGUGGGCAGACAGGGGAAGGAUAAAGAGGAUGAGCUGCGGACAGAACUUCUGAAGUUCUGUAUGAAGAGUCUGAGUCAUCCUCUGUUGGAAGUACACCUCAAGGAUCCUGACACGCUGGCUCUGUCCCCCCUCAGGACUUUUGCCACCGAGAUUUUGAACAUCCUCGGUUCUAUUGGGGAGUCCAUCGCUGGGCUUGUGCACCAGCCUCUUUUGAAGAGAAAGCAGGUUCCCGGCUUUCUCGAGGAGGAGGUGCGCUAUCCUAAAGAGUCUUUGGCCAGCUUGGCUCAUCUGGUGUUUGUCCAUCACCUGGCUGCAGACACCUUCCCCACUGUUUUCAGUCCUGUGUUCAGUCUUCGAUGUAACAUCGAGCACGUCUCUCUCCUCCUGUCCAGAACUGAGGAGUCCAAGCUUCAGAAAGGACUGGAGCUGUAUGAGAAAAGUCUGGUGCGGGUGGAGGACGGCAGUCUGCGUGCAGACCUGCUGGAGAUUAAAACCUUCCUCACAGUCCCUCAGAACUUAAUAAAGGUCAUGACGAUAUGUCCAAAGCAUGAACUGAGAACUAAAGGACUGAAGGUUUUCCAGCUGAGCAUUGAUAAGUUCAACACUGAAGCCAAGUACAGAUUCUUCCAGUACAUGUUGAAGACGAGUAACCACUCAGGCGUUGAAGGCUACAUCAUUAAAAACAUCAAGAAUCAGAUAGACAUUGCCCUGCAGCCAGGUAACAGUAACGUCUGGUUUGAAGGCGUUCAGCUCAUGCCUCUGCUGCGUAAGGUUCUUAUUCUUCCAGAUGGCCCAGAGACAGACCUCCUGCAGUACCUGGACAGAAUCAUGGAGUCUCUAAAUCUGCUGCGUUACCUGGUCAUCAGAGACAAAGUGACAGAGAACCAGACCGGCAUCUGGACAGAACUGUAUAAAAUAGAAGAUACAUUCAUGAAACCCCUGCGUGUUGGUGUGAACAUGUCCAGGGCCCACUAUGAAAGAGAGCUGCAGAACACAAUGGAGGCCAAGAAGAGCAAGGCUAAAGAAGAGUCUGUACUUUCUGUGUCUGUUGGUGGUGAAGAGCUGCCCAGCAUGACCCCAGAGUCUCAGAUUCAGGCUCUGCACUCUGCCCUGCACACGUUUGACAUGAUUGAGAGCGUGUUGGCACGGAUAGAGGAACUCAUCGAGGUGAAGGACAACCUGUAACCACACUUCAGCUACCAGAGAGCCUCAUCAUCUCAAACAGAAAACUGUUACUUGUUUCAAAACAAAGUGCUAGUGCCCUGCUGGUCUCUGUUUUUGUGUAAUUAUAAAAUGUUGCAUACAUUGACAAUUAGAGGUAAAAAAAAAAAAAAAAAAAUGCAAGUUUUGCAAGUUUGUAUCAGCUCAGUAAUAAACUUUCAAACUUUUGUACUCGUAGGUUAAA